AAACCUUUGAAGUCUCAUACAACUUCUGUCUCUUUUUCUCUCUCUACUUCUUGAUUUUCCCUUCUCUCUCUAAAAAAAAAAUAAAGUUUUUUUUGUUUCUGAGAACUUGUGGCCCCAGCAGAUUGAAAUCUACAAUCUUUUUUUUUUUUUCAGUUUUAUGAGGAUCUGAGCUUCUUCAAUGUGUUGUUCAUUGUUCAAUCCAUUUAAAGGGGGUUGAGAAAAAGUGUUUCCAAGAUGUGGGGUUGAGGAAUUUGAAAAGCCGUUGGUGUUUGCUGUAAUGUGUUGGGAUCAUAUGUUCGUAAAUAUAUGCGAAUGGGAACACAAGUGCACUAUAAAGGAUUCUUACCAAGCUAUUACUCUAUGAGAGACCUUAAUGAGGAUGCUAACAGCAGCAGUUGGCCCCUAUGUUAUGGAGAUAAGACCUUAACAAACGGGCAAUAUUGUAAUGGUUUCACGUCUAGGACUGUAACUGACGCAUAUUCAGGGUAUGAUAAGGACAUUCUAAAGCAGAAAAUGAUUGAACACGAGGCCAUAUUCAGGAAUCAGGUGGUGGAACUUCAUCGCCUUUACAGAACUCAAAGGGACAUGAUGGACGAUUUCAAAAGGAAGGAAAUGCAUAAAUAUCGUUCAUCAAUGGAGCCAUCAUGUUCAUCCACUCACCUAGGAUCUCAAGUACCAUCUGAGGAUGUUCGGAAAUGGCACAUCGCGAACUUUCCAUUGGAAAAUUCUAGCUAUACUAGACCAUCUACAUCUGGUACUGAAAUUGUUAAUUCUCCCUUUAGUUCUUCAAAAGGAGAUUGUGUACAGCCUGGUCGAGUUCAAAUGCAAAAUGAUUAUUCUUCGAAAGCAUGUGAUGUUUUGGAGGCUAGGCCUUCAAAGGUCCGGAAAAAGUCGUUUGAUCUUCACCUUCCUGCCGGUGAUUACUUAGAUACAGAAGGUGGGCAGUUGCGAGAUAAUGCAGGAUCUUUACAUCCUUGUUAUCCUGCUAAUGGAGAUUAUGUAGUUACUCAAGAGAGUGGAACAAAAUUGUUUCUUGGUGGUGGUGCAAAGGGUGAUAGCCGAAAAGAUGCUUCAACAUCCAAUUCGUGUUUGAGAAGCUCAAUUGGGUUGGCUGACCUAAAUGAACCAGCGCAGCUUGAUGAUGCAACCGAUCCUGUUGAAUUUCUUGGUUAUGGUAAUAAUCAUAAAGAGACUAGAAGCAUAAAUCCUUCUGCAAAAUCAAAUUCACCAUUUGUGGCUUUGCCUUGGAAUUCCAGUUGUGUAAGCCCAAAUGAGUCUUUAAGUAACCUAUACGAUCGCAGUAGAGGCAAAGAGAGGGAUUGGUUGACUUCGGUACAUGAAACAGGUAACAUCAAAGGUAGCUCAGCUUCAUUACCUAGAGGUCUUGAAGACGACAAGAUAGCUGCAGCUUCCCGUCAAGCACCAGUAAUGAUUAACAAAGCCUAUCAAGCUCCGAGCCCUCAUGUAGUUCACCAUAUUAAGGAUGGUAUUUGGAAAGAUAGAACAGGACAUAGUUUAGAUAUGUCUCACAGAAAUGGUGAGCAGUCUAAUUAUACUCAAGUGGGACCAUUUGUUACUUCCAAGAUGGCUAGUCCAUAUCCAUAUGCAAGUUCCUCCGAAUUUAGCAGUUCGUGGCCGCACUCUGUCUCUUCUUGGGAGAAGCCAAAUGGUAGCUUUGCUCAGAGGUUAUCCUCGUUGCAUACAAACUCAGUUUUCAACUCAUCUGCAGCAGUUGGUAAGGGUUCACAGUCAUCUCAGAGCCAAAUUGGGGACUAUUGGCAUGCUAAUGGUGGCAGUUCUAGGUUGCGUCCUGGAUGUGCCGGUGAGAUACCCAUCCGGAGUGGUUUCUACCGUGGGUCCUCAUCUGGGACAAAAGAAUCACCAAUUCACAUCCCAUCAGGUGCUUUUGACUCUUUGAGCUACAUUAAGGGGGACCGUUUUACAUCUGAACGUUCCUCUAAUAAUGCAUGUGAGAAUUUUCUUAUUAGCUCUAACAAUAUGGAUGUGAAAUCUGCGAAGGGCUUCAACUUAAAUGUUCUAGCAACAAGUGCACUCAGCGAGGAACCUCCCAGGCGAGAUGUUGAGUAUGGUAAUGAAAAAAGAGAGCAUCAAGACCCUGUGACAGUGUUGCCAUGGCUUAAAGGUAAAGCAAAUGGUAACAAUGAGGGCAUCAAUGCUAGGUUAGGUGGAACUUCAGCAAAUUCUGGCUUUGUCCAGGCUUACUCAAACCCUCCUUUUUGUCAGAGUGAUUCAUCAGCUUUUGAACAUCACCGUAUGAGGACCACAAAAGAAGUGGGCGAAACGGGACAUGUAAGAAAAAUACUUGGUGUUCCGAUCCUCGAUAUUCCCGUUAGUUCCAGAAACGGGUCGUCGUCAUCACUUGUUUUUCCUUCUGCUAAUCUUCGUUCUUCUCCUGAGAGAAAGACUAUCAAACAAGAGAGGAGGACUAUGGUGAUCGACAUUAACGUGGCUUGUGACCUUUCUAUGCUUGAGCCCGAGGAACCUGUUGUUAUAGAACAAAUUUCUACUAAGAAAGUGACGGAGACAAAAGCUAUGAACAUCAGGAAUCACUUUGAUUUGAACUCAUGUAUUACCGAGGAUGAAGAAGAACCAGUUUCUGCUGUAACCGGCAAGGCCAGUGCGAAAACUAUUCUGGAUAUAGAUCUCGAAGCCCCUGUACUUUUGGACAUUGAACAAGAUGAUUUGCCUGGAGAAGACAAUGGGAAGAAACACGAGGCAUCUUUGCAGCACACACAGGAGGAACUACUCAAGACUGCAGCAGAAGCGAUAGUUGCCAUCUCAUCAUUCACUCAUUGCACUGCAAUAGAGGAAUUGCAAAGUGAUCCGUCUGAUGAUCCUCUGGAAUCUCUUCGAUGGUUUGUUGACGUGGUCUCUUCUUGUGCAGCGGAGCUUGAUAGUACUCCAUCUGCUAAAGAAAUUACAGGCAAGAACAACAACAUGAUGGUUGCACAUAAGGAAAUAGAUUACUUUGAAGCUAUGACAUUGCAACUAGCAGAGACCAAGGAGGAAGAUUACAUGCCCAAGCCAUUUGUUCCUGAAAUCCAAACAAUGGAAGAUGCAGGAGCAGCCAGUUCACUACCAAAUCGACCACGAAGAGGGAAUCCAAGGAGGGGAAGACAACGGAGGGACUUCCAAAGGGAUGUCCUUCCCGGUCUAGCUUCAUUGUCAAGGCAUGAGGUGACUGAAGACAUUCAGAUAUUCGGAGGGUUGAUGAGAGCAACAGGCCAUACUUGGAACUCCAGUUUGACAAGAAGGAACGGGACAAGAAAUGGAGGUGCAAGGGGAAGAAGGAAAAAAGUCGUGGACACCAGUACCCCGGUAUUGGCCACAACUACAACAACCUCUCCACUAAUUUACCAACUUAACAACAUUGAAGCCAGUUUGGAAGAUAACAAAAGCUUAACAGGGUGGGGAAAGACACCUAGACGCCCUCGGAGACAAAGAUGCCCUGCAGGCAAUCCUCCUCCUGUCCUGUUAACUUGAAAACACAGGGCAAAUAACUCUGUAAUUUCAUCCAUUCAUCAUUUAUAGAGAUGACAUUAACCGAUUCGCGUUCAUUUUAUGAAUUUCAGGAGUGAAUUUUUUAGCUACAUGGAGAUUGUCAUUGUACAUGUUUUUUGUGUUUUGCAGGAAUUGUUUCUGAGAAUGAAAUGAUGGAAAAUCCUUAGGCAUCUA